AUGUGGACCUGCGACAGCGGCUUCUCUAAGGAGGCCCCCGAGACCCAGACGUGGGGAGGCGGAGGGGCAGCCGACACUGCUGGGAUGGGAGCGGGCCGAUGGCACCUGCAGUACGGUGCUGGCCCCGAAGAGCCCGUGCGGGGAAAGCCCCACGGAGGCUUCAGGAGGGGACUUGAAGGGGAGUUCCCGACUCCUCCUCUUGCCCGGGAGCCUGGACAACCAAGCCACGGCCUCCGCCUGCCCAGCACCGUGGACACAGGUCUGGGUGUGGCUUUCUGGGGGUGGGGAGCGGCUGGACCUCGGAUCUAUUUAAUCGCGGGUCUCCCUCCCCCCAGGUGCCCUCCAGGUCCGGGCGCGACGGGCAAGUACGCUAUCCACGUGGUCACCAGGGACUCGCUCCUGGUGCGUUCCAGAAACCUGGUGCAGCUGUGGCUCGUGGGAGAACACGGGGAGGCCGACCUGGGCAAGAAGCUGUGGCCCGUGCGCAGUGAGGUCGGUGCGCAGCCCGCGGGGCACUGGGGACGGGAGUUCGAGGUCAGCGUCCCCUUGCACCUGGGGCGCCUCCUGCUGGCGAAGCUGCGCAAAAUCCUGCUGGAUGACGCCUGGUUCUGCGAACGGAUCUCGCGCGGCCCAGGGACCCAGGGCGAGCCCCGCUUCCCCUGCUGCCGCCGGGUGCGGGUGCGGGGCGACCAGGUCGUCUGCCUGCCCGAGGGCACCGGUGAGGGUGUGGGGGGCGGCGCGCGGGGCUGGAGGGGGUGGGGGUGGGGUCGCCGUGAUGCCGGAGAGGGGACGGGCGGAAGUGGGGGGCCGGCGCGGACCGGGUCCAGGGAGGCCUGUGCUCGUGCCCGUCCCCCAGCCCGGACCCUGAGCGACGACCACCAGGACUUCCUUAAGGCGCAGCGGGAGCAGGAACUCCAGGAGAGAAAGAAGGUGUACCGGUGGGGCUCCCGGAAAGACGGUUCAAUCCUGCCGGUGGCCGGGAGGACGCAGUGUGACCUCCCCAGGAAGGAGAGAUUCCUGGAGGGUAAGGAUUUCGACUUCAGGGUCUCCCCGGGGAAAGCACCAGCGCCCGGGGGAGGGUGGGCACCUGCUCCCCGGGACGCCAAGCAGGGGCCCUUCCUGGUCUCCUGGCACCGCCAUUCUUUCCGCAGGCUGGAGGGCUUGGCCUCAAGGGUUCCCUGGACCUCACACGUCCAGUUAAAUAGCGGAAGCCUUCAGAAGAGUAUCCCUGAGCGCAGGGACUCCCCUGGCUGGUCAGUUUCCGGAAAGUCCCCAGACCUGUGUGCACCUUUCCAACCCAGGGCUCUGAAAGAAGACGGGGAGACCGGAGGGAGGGGGUACGCUAGCGGAUCAGGAGCUCGGGGCUCCCCGCAGGCUUCCGGAGGGGUGUCUUUAGAGCGGGUUCGAAGUUCAGGGAAGGAGGACGCCUUCUUUGGGUACCAGCUCCUCAAGGGCACAAACCCCACGCUCCUGAGGCGCACCAGCCUCCCAGCGCGGCUGCUGGUGCCUCCGGGGUGGGAAGAGCCGAACCCCCAGCUGGAGGCCGAGUCCCGGUGCCCUCCCUGUGCUCACCCACAGCCCCGAGCCGCCGCCCCUCCCUCAGUUCGCCCACCAGCCUCUUUAAUCUAUACCCUCCUCCAUCUGCACUCAGGGUUUCUCCGAGGCCGCGGGGGUGUCCUGUUCGUUGCAGGGUCCGGGCACUCACUGCAGCCCCGGCUCGACGACCCCGCUGGAUCUCUGUCUGAAGCCGACUUCUCCCUGCCGGAUGGGGUCAAGCCGAACGACGUCUUAAGACAACAGGGUGUGGGGGCGCCUGGCUCCAGCCCGACCGAGACUCUUGCCCACCGUCGCCCAGCGAGUCUUUCACAGACACGGAUCUCCUUUAGGGGCUCCGACGCACAGGCCCCGAGCCCCCCACUCUCUCUCCUGCUCUGGCUUCAGCCACCGCGCCACGUGCCCCCGCCCCCACUGUUCCUGCCCUCCGGUCCCCGCGUGGCCUGGCUGCUGGCCAAGACCUGGGUCCGCGGCUCCCAUUUCCAGCUGUCCCAGCUACAGUCACACCUGCUGCGGGGACCCUUGAUGGCCAAGGUGACCUCUGUGGCCACAGUGAGGACCCUGCCCGGCCCGCACCCUACCUGCAAGCUAUUUCGGCAUCUUCUCCUGAUCCCCUGGCGCCACACCACGGACAUCAACAUCCUGGCCCGGGAGAGUCUUGUCUCCACAUGGGGGAUUUCUGGUCUGGGAUGGAGAGCCACGGGCAAAGAGGGAAGUCCCAAGGGUCGCUGGCUGACCCUGUCCUCCACGAAGGCCUCUCCCUGGUCGGCCCCGCACCUGAGUCGGUCUUCUCCUUCGAGGGGCCUGAGCAGGCCUACCGACCCGGAAUCUGACCCUGACCUCCCUGCCCCACCGGGAGUGGGGCCACGUGGACAUUCUCCUGAGGCCCACAGCUUGCCUGACCCACCGCUCUGCUCCCUCGGCCCUCCUGACGGCCUGGCCUGGCUGACGGCGGACUCUUCUCUCUGUGGCCGGACACCCUCGGGCUGUGGGGACUCGUCAGCCGGAGAGGGGGACCCAAAGGUGCGGGCCUGGUGCGGAGAGAUCACGGAGACCGGGCUACAGGGAGCCCCAGACCGGGGGUUCCCCGUCUCCUUAGACUCCCGGGCUCAGCUCUGCCACUUUGUCACCGUGUGUAUCUUCACACGCACCGGUCAGCAUGCUUCUGCCCACCUGGGCCAGCCGGACGGGUAUUGCUGGGUCCCUGAUGGCCCGCGCACCACGCGGAGGCCCCCGCCCGUCUCCAAGGACGGGACAGAGAAGGACACAGUGGUCUCCUUGCUCCACGCCCACUGGGCCCGUAAGCAGAGCACCUUCAUAGAGUUCCGAGGCGGAUGCCAGCCCGUCACAGUUGGAGGCAGAUGCCUGGGUCCCGGGGAGGACCGGCUUGGAGGGGUGGUGCCCUUGUGGCAUCGUGAGGAGCCCAAGAGAUGCAAUCUCUACCCACUGCCAACCGCUGGCAAAGAGAUUAUGGCAAAGAACUGA